AGGGGCGCUCCUCGGCCAGCCCUCCCGGCUCAGGGCUUCCCUUCCGAGGCGCCCGCGCCCCCGGGCUCCCCGCCUCGGCCACCCCGCGGCCCCGAUGCCGAGGCAUGGAUAGAGCGGCGCUGCGCGCGGCGGCGAUGGGGGAGAAGAAGGAGGGCGGCGGCGGGGGGGACGCGGCGGCCGCGGAUGGGGGCGCCGGGGCCGCGGCCAGCCGGGCGCUGCAGCAGUGCGGGCAGCUCCAGAAGCUCAUCGACAUCUCCAUCGGCAGCCUGCGCGGGCUGCGCACCAAGUGCGCCGUGUCCAACGACCUCACCCAGCAGGAGAUUCGGACCCUGGAGGCAAAGCUGGUCCGGUACAUCUGCAAGCAGUGGCAGUGCAAGCUGAGCGUGGCUCCCAGCGAGAGGACCCCGGAGCUCAACAGCUACCCUCGCUUCAGCGACUGGCUGUGCACCUUUAACGUGAGGCCGGAGGUGGUACAGGAGAUCCUCUGCGAGCUCACGCUGGAUGCCCUGCUGGACAUGAACGAGGCUAAGGUGAAGGAGAUGCUGCGGCGCUGCGGGGCCAGUGCCGAGGAGUGUGGCCGCCUGCAGUACGCCCUCACCUGCCUGCGGAAGGUGACAGGCCUGGGCGGGGAGCACAAAGAGGACUCGGGCUGGAGUUCGUCGGACGCCCGACGGGAAAGUGGCUCCGGGCCUCCCGCGGACACCCUCUCAUCAGCCAGCCUGCCCUGGCCCCCGGGGAGCUCCCUGCUGGGCAGAGUGGGCAUCGGUGCCCAGGGCCCACGCUCCGUCUCCGUGUCCGCUCUGCCCACCUCGGACUCCCCAAACCCCGGCCCCGGCGAGGGCCUCGCGGACCCCUGUAUCUCCCUGCACACCAGCGGCCGGCUGACGCCCCGCGCGCUGCCCAGCUUCGUCACUCCGCCGACCACGCCCCAGCUCCGACGGCACACCAAGCUGAAGCCGCCCAGGACGCCGCCCCCGCCCAGCCGCAAGGUCUUCCAGCUGCUGCCCAGCUUCCCCACGCUCACCCGGAGCAAGUCCCACGAGUCUCAGCUGGGGAACCGCAUCGACGAGGUCUCCCCGAUGAGGUUUGAUCUCCCGCACGGAUCCCCACAGAUGGUACGAAGGGACAUCGGGCUCUCGGUGACACACAGGUUCUCCACCAAGUCCUGGCUGUCGCAGGUCUGCCACGUGUGCCAGAAGAGCAUGAUGUUCGGAGUGAAGUGCAAGCAUUGCAGGUUGAAGUGUCAUAACAAGUGUACAAAAGAAGCCCCCGCCUGUAGAAUAUCCUUCCUUCCACUACCCAGGCUUCGGAGGACAGAAUCUGUCCCCUCGGACAUCAACAAUCCGGUGGACAGAGCAGCUGAACCCCAUUUCGGAACCCUCCCCAAAGCACUGACAAAAAAGGAGCAUCCUCUGGCCAUGAACCACCUGGACUCCAGCAGCAACCCGUCCUCCACCACGUCCUCCACGCCCUCCUCGCCAGCGCCCUUCCCGACGUCGUCCAACCCACCCAGUGCCACCACGCCCCCCAACCCCUCGCCCGGCCAGAGGGACGGCAGGUUCAACUUCCCAGCUGCCUACUAUAUUCAUCAUAGACAGCAGUUUAUCUUCCCAGACAUCUCGGCAUUUCCUCCGACAGUCCCAUUCGCCGAGGCGGACAGUUCCCGGCUUGAGAACCAGCCAAAAGCAGAUGUGUCGGAGGAUCACGAAGUGGAGGCUGAGGAGCCCGAGGCCGGCAAGUCAGAGGUCGAAGACGACGAGGACGAGGUGGAUGACUUGCCGAGCUCCCGCCGGCCCUGGCGAGGCCCCAUCUCUCGCAAGGCCAGCCAGACCAGCGUGUACCUGCAGGAGUGGGAUAUCCCCUUCGAGCAGGUGGAGCUGGGCGAGCCCAUCGGGCAGGGCCGCUGGGGCCGGGUGCACCGUGGCCGCUGGCACGGCGAGGUGGCCAUCCGCCUGCUGGAGAUGGAUGGCCACAACCAGGACCACCUGAAGCUGUUCAAAAAGGAGGUGAUGAACUACCGGCAGACGCGGCAUGAGAACGUGGUGCUCUUCAUGGGGGCCUGCAUGAACCCGCCGCACCUGGCCAUCAUCACCAGCUUCUGCAAGGGACGGACGUUGCACUCGUUUGUGAGGGACCCCAAGACAUCUGUGGACAUCAACAAGACCAGGCAGAUCGCCCAGGAGAUCAUUAAGGGAAUGGGAUAUCUCCACGCCAAGGGCAUCGUGCACAAAGAUCUCAAAUCCAAGAAUGUCUUCUACGACAAUGGCAAAGUGGUCAUCACAGACUUCGGGCUGUUCGGGAUCUCGGGCGUGGUCCGAGAGGGACGGCGUGAGAACCAGCUGAAGCUGUCACAUGACUGGCUGUGCUACCUGGCCCCCGAGAUUGUGAGGGAGAUGACCCCCGGGAAGGACGAGGACCAGCUGCCCUUCUCCAAAGCGGCUGACGUCUAUGCAUUUGGGACCGUUUGGUAUGAGCUGCAAGCCAGAGACUGGCCCUUGAAGAACCAAGCUGCGGAGGCCCUGAUCUGGCAGAUUGGAAGCGGAGAGGGAAUGAAGCGAGUCCUGGCCUCCGUCAGCCUGGGGAAGGAAGUCACCGAGAUCCUGUCCACCUGCUGGGCCUUCGACCUGCAGGAGAGGCCCAGCUUCCCGCUGCUGAUGGACAUGUUGGAGAAGCUGCCCAAGCUGAACCGGAGGCUCUCGCACCCCGGGCACUUCUGGAAGUCUGCCGAUAUUAACAGCAACAAAGUUGUACCCCGGUUUGAAAGGUUUGGCUUGGGCGUCCUGGAGUCCAGUAAUCCAAAGAUGUAGCCAGCUCUGCCGUUUUUCUGACAUUGUAUUUCUUUCUUAAAUGGGUUUCUAAAACAUCCAAACAACCACCACAACAAAAAAACAACACUCUUCAAAACGCCAGCCAUCCUCCUAAGUGCUGCGAACCAGGAGCACGAGUCCUCGGUUUAGACUGUUCUUCCAUAAAAACACUUGGGUCCCGGAGAUGGAGCCGCGCCUGCUGUUUCUUAAAAUGACGUCACCAACAACCAGACCUGUCCCGACAGACGGCAAAUGUUUACAUGUAUGUUUCUGCAGAGUUGGACUUGUUGUACAAUAGGUGAUAAUAAAAACCGUCUGUGCAGAGG